AUGCGCUGCCAUUUUCCUAGCUGGAAGGUCUCCAAGGUACCCUUCCCAGUUUCCCAGUCUGUGACCUCUGUCAUGGGCGGUAUCCCAGCGGGAGAUGAGGCAGAAUGGGACAGUGAUACCACAGAGGUGAAUGAGCCUGACUUUUUUCCCGCUUCUGUCCCAAAGAUUUCUCUGUGUUCACCUGGGUCACCCACACCAAAGAAGUUCUUUUCUCCCCGGAGAGCCAGGGUCUUGCGCAAGGUUGUUCGUUUUGAGCGAAGCUCUCGUCUUCGGGUUGAUGUAACAAGGGAGUAUGACCUGUGGGAUGAGGAGGACUUCUGUUGUGCAGGGAAGAUACUCGUUGCAUUGCAGCUUUACCUUUUCAGUGGAAAAGCAGAGUGUGCCAUGUUGAAGAGACUCUUCAAGACGUACCCUGUUGACUCAGAGGAUGACUGGACUGACCUCAGCGACGACGACAGUGAUGGCGAUGAUGUUACAAAUUACUGGGGGGAGAAGCGCUUUGGAUCCAGCCUGAAUAGAUCAAAGGGGAAGGCAAAGAUUUGGAGGGAAUAG